AUGUUACUCAAUGCCAACAUCGCCCUCUGCUCCUCAAAGGCCCUUUUAGUCCCGUACUCAUCAUGGCACGUACCCCGAUACCACGAAUGGAUGAAAGACCCGGAAAUCCAAGAAGCAACAGCCUCAGAACCCUUAACUCUAGAAGAAGAAUACUCGAUGCAACGCAGCUGGCGCCAAGACGCAGACAAACUAACCUUCAUCGUCUGUCGGGCGAUCACAACAGGCGCCGAAGAUGACAUCCCCAGUCAGGCAGAGCUGCAAGCAGAAAGUGACUCGCCGGCUACUAUGGUUGGUGAUAUCAAUCUCUUUCUGCGCAUCGAUGAUGGCGAGGAGGGCGACAGCCCGCCGCAGAUAGUCGGCGAGAUCGAGCUCAUGAUCGCUGAGAAGGUCAACCAGCGACGCGGGUUUGGGCGCGCUGCGCUACUCAUGUUUAUGCGGUAUAUUAUCCAGAACCAGGGGGCUAUUCUGGAUGAGUUUGUUGGUGGUGGUGAUGUUGAUGUUGAGACUGUGCGAAAGUUGCGGACUGGUGUUGAGACGGCGGCGUCAUCGGAGGGGCUGACGCUCGAGUGUCUCAGUGUUAAAAUUGGACAGGCAAAUUUGAGGAGUUUGGCUUUGUUUGAGGGGCUUGGCUUUGAGAGGGUUUCUGCUGAGCCCAAUUUCUUUGGGGAGUUCGAGUUGCGCAAGGCGGAUUUGAGUCUAGGUGGUGUGGAUGCGGCGCUUGAGGGGGCGAAGGUGCGAGGGUUUAUUGCUUUGCCUUAUGAGAGAACAGAAUAG